AUGGUGCGGGUGCUGAACGUGGCGGAGAAGCCGUCGGUGGCGAAGUCGGUGGCGAACAUACUGUCCCGCGGGCAAGGUCUCCGAAUGAGAGAAGGCCGAUCCCGCUAUAACAAAAUCUACGAGUUCAACUACUCCAUCAAUGGCUGCCACUGCCAGAUGCUCUUCACCUCCGUCACCGGCCACCUCAUGGAGCUCGAAUUCGAAGACCGCUUCCGCAAGUGGCACUCCUGCGAUCCCGCCCUCCUCUUCCAGGCCCCCGUCCGCAAGUUCGUCCCCGAGGACAAGUUGGAUAUUAAAAGGACAUUAGAGGAGGAAGCUAGGAAUUGCCAGUGGCUUGUGUUAUGGCUUGACUGUGAUAGAGAAGGAGAGAACAUUGCAUUUGAAGUCAUAGAUGUCUGCACAUCUGUAAAUCGUCAUCUUACCAUUAAGAGGGCUCGUUUCUCAGCUUUGAUUGACAGGGAUAUCCAUCACGCAGUGCAAAAUCUUGACAAUGCAAACAAAUACUUUGCUGAUGCAGUGGAUGCUAGGCAAGAAAUAGAUCUACGAAUUGGUGCUUCAUUUACCAGGUUUCAGACUAUGCUCCUGAGAGAUGCUUUUGUUAUUGAUUCUGCUACGGAUGACAGAAACCUUGUUCUAAGUUAUGGUCCUUGUCAGUUCCCUACACUUGGCUUUAUCGUGGAACGGUACUGGGAGAUACAGUCACAUGAGCCGGAGGAAUUUUGGACCAUUAACUGUUCACAUAGAUCAGAUGAAGGAACUGCAACAUUCGGUUGGAUGCGUGGCCAUCUUUUUGAUCAUGCUUGUGCUGUCAUAAUCUAUGAAAUGUGCGUUGAGGAUCCUAUUGCAACUGUCACAAAGGUCAGACAACAGGAGAAGCCGAAGUAUCCUCCGUAUCCUUUGAAUACCAUUGAGCUUGAAAAGCGUGCCUCGAGAUACUUCCGAAUGAGUUCUGAACAUACUAUGAAGGUAGCAGAAGAGCUUUACCAAGCUGGUUUUAUCAGUUAUCCUCGAACAGAGACCGAUGGCUUCUCUCCAAGGACUGAUUUGCAUGCAAUUGUACAAGAACAACAAGGGCAUCCUGGAUGGGGAUCAUAUGCACAACGAUUGUUGGACCCUGCUUCUGGGCUUUGGAGAAACCCUAGUAGUGGUGGACAUGAUGACAAGGCCCAUCCACCUAUUCACCCAACUAAAUUUUCUGCUGGAGAAUCGAAUUGGAGUCAAGAUCACAAUCGACUGUAUGAGCUGGUUGUUCGCCAUUUUCUGGCAUGUGUCUCACAGCCAGCUGUUGGGGCCGAAACUACUGUUGAAAUAGAUAUUGCUGGGGAAAUGUUCUCUGCAUCUGGGAGAGUGAUAUUAGCGAAAAAUUACUUAGAUGUGUAUCGCUUUGAAUCAUGGGGAGGUUCACUGCUACCAACAUAUGCCGUUGGACAACAGUUUAUGCCAACAACGUUGACUCUAGAUUCAGGAGUUACUAGGCCUCCACCACUUUUAAGUGAAGCUGAUUUGCUGGGUUGUAUGGACAAGGAGGGCAUUGGUACAGAUGCAACAAUGCAUGAUCACAUUAAGAAACUGCUUGAUCGUUUUUACGCAACCAAGGACGCGAAUACUCGCUUCUCACCAACCAAUCUGGGUGAAGCACUGGUGAUGGGAUAUGAUGACAUGGGAUAUAAACUUUGGAAACCCUACCUUAGAGCUGUUAUGGAGCGUGACAUGAAAGCAGUUAGUGAAGGUAAUAAGAGCAAAGCUGAAGUUUUGGAAACUUGCUUGCAGCAAAUGAAAGGGUGCUUCCUUGAUGCGAGGCAGAAUAAAGUAAAACUUUUUGAAGCCAUGGCAGUGUUCUUUGAAAGAUCAAAUAGACCUGGCGGAGAUGAUCAGCAUACAUCUGGAGAGUUCAUUCGGCGAUGUGGACUCUGCCAGGAAGCAGAUAUGGUGCUCAGGAAAAAUCGGGAUGGAAAUUUUAUGGUGGGAUGUAUGGGUUAUCCUCAGUGUAGGAAUGCUAUCUGGCUCCCUGGAUCUGUAUCAGAAGCAGUUGCAACAACUAAUAUUUGCAAUUCAUGCACUCCAGGUCCUGUUCACUUGAUUCAAUUUACAUUUCGGCGGCUGGAAAUACCACCAAAUUAUAGUACCAACCAUUUGGGUUGCAUUGGUGGGUGUGAUGAGAUUCUUAGACAGUUAACGGAAAUAUGUGGAACUGGUUCUCGGUCUGCAGCGAGAGGGCGAGGACCAACAACAUCCAGCAAUGUUCAACAAAAUAAUACCAGGCAGGGUGCUUGCAUAUAUUGCCACCAAUCAGGGCAUUCUUCGGGCGAUUGCCCUUCCCAAUCUUCAGGCCCUCGAAGUGUUAGGCCUCGAACAAUGAAUGCACAAAGUGGGGAAAUAUCAGUCUCAUGUACUACAUGUGGUGCACCUUGUGUUCUACGAACUGCUAAUACCACACAGAAUAGAGGAAGAAAAUUCUACAAAUGCCCAUCACAGGAGUGCAACUUCUUUGUAUGGGAAGAUAAUGUCAGCAAUGGGAAUGGCGGAAGAGGUUUUCAGCGUGCCAAUGUUAGUGCUGGGAGGGGUGCCGGGGGCAGAGGUUCAGGGGGCAGAGGUGCUCAGGGUGCAGGACAUGCUACUGGUGGGACUUUUGUGUCAGCAACUGGUGAUCCCAAUUCUGGUAGGAGGUGUUUUGUUUGUGGAGAUCCGUCACACUUCGCAAAUGUUUGCCCAAACCGUGGAAACUGA